GACUGAGCAAACCGCCAAGCAUCAAAACGGGUGUCAGUAAAGGAGAUGGGAAUGAAGUUGGGAUGAAUCCCCCCUCGGGUGUGAUAGCUAAAGAAAAGGUACAAAAUGACAGUAAGGGAGAGUCGAAAAAGGAGCUGUCACAAGGAGAAGAAAACAAAGUAGACGCAGAGGUGGAGAAAGGUCACUCGGCUUCCCCCAACAGUGAGGUGAAGAAUGGAGGAGGUAUCAAAAUGGUGGCUAGUGAGAAGGUCCCGUUAAAGCUGAACAACAUGGUGAUGAAGAAGGCCCUGCUUGGGAAGAUGCUGGCGAAGCGUGUUCCCAAUGGUGCUUCAUCUGUGGAGGGGGAGAAGCAGAAGGGGGGAGAGGCGGCAGAGAAGGGAAAGGAGAACAAAGAGGGAGAGGCGGCAGUGAAGGAGAAGGACAACAAAGAGGGAGAGGCGGCAGAGAAAGGGAAAGAGAACAAAGAAGGAGAAGCAGUCGAGCAGGAGAAGGACAACAAAGAGGGAGAAGCAGCAGAGAAGGACAACAACGAGGGAGAAGCAGUCGAGCAGGAGAAGGACGACAAAGAAGGAGAAGCAGUCGAGCAGGAGAAGGACGACAAAGAAGGAGAAGCAGUCGAGCAGGAGAAGGACGACAAAGAAGGAGAAGCAGUCGAGCAGGAGAAGGAGAAGCCGACGGGGAAGACGAUCCCGAAGAGCAUCCCCAAGGGCAAAGCUGGCAUUCCAAAAAUGAUUCCCCUGAAAGGACUCCCGUUAAAGGGUAGUCCUAUUUUGAAGGCAAAGGCAGGGAUGGUUCCGGAUGGGAAGGGGAGCGGUGAGCGGUUGUCCCUGAAGGGGAGCAGUGAGAGGUUGUCCCUGAACGGGAGCCUCGAGAGGUUGUCUUUGAAGGGGAGCAGUGAGAGGUUGUCUUUGAAGGGGAGCGGUGAGCGGUUUUCCCUGAAGGGGAGCCUCGAGAGGUUGUCCCUGAAGGGGAGCGGUGAGAGGUUGUCCCUGAAGAAGAGCCUCGAGCGGUUGUCUCUGAAGAAGAGCGUGUCCUUCAAGGGGGUAGCGGCAGAGGGGAAAGCGGCGGAGGAGAACGCAGCGGAGGAGAAGGUGGCAAAAGAUAACUCAGCGGAGGAGAAGGUGCCACCGCAAGUAAGCGCACCCACCGUGAAAUCCGUGCGAGACGUGAAGAGCACAAAAACGGACGAAGGGGUACCUAAAGGAGAUAACAACUUAAGCGAAAGGGGAGGGUUCAUAGAAAAAGCAGUACGAAAGAAUAUAGAAAGGAUAUUGGAGAGGACGGAGUGUUUGAUAGUGCAUGAUGGGGGGGAGAAAAAUGGAAAGGAACCUAGCUUGGGAAAAAAUGGGGCGGCAGGGGGUCCUAAAGGAUUGGAUGUGAAGAAGGGCAAAAAGGGGAAGGAGAGUAGGGGAACUGCCCUCCGCGGAAGGAAAGCCUCCACUGUGAAGGGAAGUGGGGGUGAUGCUCGAAGCGAUGCUGGAGGUGCCGCUGGAGGUGACACUGGAAGCGACGUGCCCCCCACCGAGGGACGCAAAAGAUACUCAGUGACGCUGAAUAAAUUUUCCAAAAGGAUAGAGGUAAAGAAGAAGAAGUCUGUCGAUGUAGUUGAGUUGUUAAGUGCGUUGGAUGAGAAAUCGGGGAAGGAGGAUUGCUCCGUUCGAAGUGGUAACAGAGGUGGGGACGCAAUUGCAGAGAGUUCCACGGAAGGGGUUCAAAAGGAUGUUCAAAAUGAAUCACCCUGUAGAAACGAUGUAGAGGAGGUGACUCCUUCGAGUGUCAACACCGCCGAUGAGUCACCAAAGAAGACGCUGAUGAUAAAAAAAAACUGUUAA